CAAACCCUUCGCCAUCGAUCAAAACCUCUGGGUUCAUAUUCACAUAUAAAUAAUGUCAUCCGCCAUUUUCACUCUUUCAGACUUCCUAAAUCUCCAAAUUCAUGUCCGAUCAGCUCUCCAAACAAACCUCAAUCUUCGGACUUCACUUAUGGAUCGUACUCGGUGUCUCCGCCGGCACCGCCGUCGUCCUUCUUCUCUUCCUCCUAUCCCUCUGGUUCACCAACAGAUCCAAAACCAAAGCAAUCCCAAUAAACCCCCAAAAAAUCACCUCCGAUCCAAAUUCAAUUCCACCCGUAAACCCCUUUCAGGAAACCCAAAGGUUAUCCGGUAUAGAAAAACAAGCAUUGCUAUUAAAACAAGACGAAGAUUACGGACAUACAGCGCACCCCAGGAUUCAAAUCGAAAUGGGGAAGGGACACCCACAUAGGGUUUUGUACCCCGAGAGAUUUGGGGCUGUGUCGCCGGUUACCGGCGAACAUCCGGCGUCUGUAGGUCCGGAGGUUUCGCAUUUGGGAUGGGGGCAUUGGUAUACACUGAGAGAGCUUGAAUCAGCUACUGAUGGAUUUGCAGCUGAGAAUGUGAUUGGUCAAGGUGGUUACGGCAUUGUUUACCAUGGUGUUCUUGCUGAUAAAUCUCAAAUCGCUAUCAAGAAUUUGCUCAAUAAUCGAGGACAAGCUGAGAAGGAAUUCGAAGUUGAAGUUGAAGCAAUUGGUAGAGUUAGGCAUAAAAAUUUGUUGAGAUUAUUAGGUUAUUGCGCAGAAGGGGCACAUAGGAUUCUUGUUUACGAGUAUGUAAAUAACGGGAACUUAGAGCAAUGGAUUCAUGGCGAUGUGGGAUCUUGCAGUCCUCUCACUUGGGAAAUUCGUAUGAAAAUCAUAAUCGGAACAGCAAAAGCGUUAACUUAUCUUCAUGAGGGGCUAGAACCGAAGGUAGUUCAUCGCGAUAUAAAAUCAAGUAACAUCUUACUUGAUAAAUCAUGGAAUCCGAAGGUUUCAGAUUUUGGAUUAGCGAAGCUUCUUGGUGCAGAUAGGAGCUACAUUACCACACGUGUCAUGGGCACAUUAGGAUAUGUUGCGCCAGAAUAUGCGAGUACAGGAAUGGUGAAUGAGAAAAGUGAUGUUUAUGGUUUUGGGAUUUUGUUCAUGGAGUUGAUUUCGGCGAGAUAUCCUGUUGAAUAUAAACGACCACAAGAAGAGGUACACUUGGUUGAGUGGGUCAAGAAAAUGGUCAACGAGAGGUGCCCCGAAAAAGUUUUGGAUCCUAAAAUGACCGAAACGCCCUCUUUACGUGUCCUAAAACGGACUUUGGCGGUGGCUUUACGUUGUGUUGAUCAAAAUUCCGAAAAGAGGCCAAAAAUAGGGCAUGUAGUACACAUGCUUGAGUCCCAAGGGGAAUCACUCAUCAAUGAAAGUGUAGGCUUGCGGGUUGCAUCUCAUAGUAGUCCGAACAAUGGUUUAAACGAGAAGGAAACGACUCGGUUAAAUGGCUAAUUUAUAUCAUAUGAUAUCAUUUGAAGUAGAUCAUUUUUGUAGAUUUUAGAUUUUAGAUUUAGUUGAUGUGAUUCUAUAUUAUUAUUGUUGGAGUUAUAUACUCGAAUGAGAGAGAUGAUGACUCAUGGAAGUUGUAUGUUGAAUAUGAUUCGUUUAAAUA